CCUCGGGAAAGUGAUACUUUCUGAACUAAAAUGAGUGCGGGAAAUUGGGCAAAAUAGCACGGUUGUAGAAAAAAUUAUAAUUUUCCAUUUUCUAAAUACUUAUUUGAUUCAAAUUUAUUUUUUUUUUUUUCAUAUUGGGUGAAAAUAUAUAGUUUAAUGUAAUACAGUAACGAUAAAAGAACUACACCACUGUUUUUUUAUUUAUUUAUUUUUUUCAAAUCACAUUAAUAAUAAGCACUAUCAGAAAUUUUAUUAAUAAUGAGACAAAAAUAAAUUAAAAGUAAAAUCAUGUAUAGGUAGGUGGUAGAACAGUUGCCGCCAUCAGUGCCAAAGAAAUGUUUCUUGUAGUCAGUGUUUUAGUACUGCUUUUGGUUAUAUUGAUUCUUUAUGUGAAUCGUGAUGCCAUAAAACAGUAUAUUCGAUAUUGGAAUUUGAUUGGUCGAUUGCCUACAAUUGCUAAUAAGCGAUUCCUCAUCGGACAUGCGGGUAUAUUUAUUGGACUGUCACCAGGUGAGAAAGAAAAACCAUUUUAUGGAAAUGUGUUUUUAAUUAUUUUUAAUUUAGAGCAAGGAUGGCAUCUGGCAAGAAAGGUGUUACAAGAAGCAUCUGAAUCGAUUGUUACCUGUUAUAUGGGACCUUUUAUAGCGGCUGUAUGUGUCAUGGGACCUGAAGAAAUUGAGGCUGUUAUCGGUUCAGUGAAAAAUUUGGAAAAAUGCGAAGUGUAUUUGUUUAUGAAUCGCUGGUUAGAAGAAGGAUUGUUAACGAGCGCAGGAUCUAAAUGGCAAAAAAGAAGAAAAAUUUUAACACCAGCUUUUCAUUUCUCAAUUCUUUUGGACUUUAUUGACCUUUUCAACAAGGGAGUACAUAAUUUUGUGAAAAAUGUUCAGAGAAAUUCCUUGAACCAGUCCGUUGAUGUCACACCUCUAAUAUCUGAUUACACUUUACUAACCAUUAGUGAGACAUCUAUGGGUACAAAACUCGACCUACAAACCCAAGAAGGUAGAAAUUACAAAAACGCAGUCCACGAAAUUGGUAAUGUGGUAUACGAAAGAAUCAUAGCACCAUGGCUGUGGUAUCCUAGAAUUUUCGAUUUCUCGUCGCUUCGUAAUGUGGAAUAUCGAUCGUUGAAAGUAUUACACAAGUUUACCGACAAGAUUAUAAGGAAAAGAAGUGAAAAUUUUCAAACUUUUGAUGAAGACUUCGAGAAUAGCUAUACUAAAAGAAAAUAUCCAUUGUUAGAUGUAUUAUUGAAUGCUAAAUUCAAAAAUAAUUCUAUUGAUGAUAGGGGAAUUAGAGAAGAAGUUGAUACGUUUAUGUUCGAGGGGCAUGAUACUACUGCUGCAAGCUUAAGCUUCACUACAAUGCUUUUAGCAAACCAUCCGGAAAUACAGGAACAAGUGUAUCAAGAAAUUAUCAAUAAUUUGGGAACAUCCAGAGAACCAACUUAUAAUGAUUUACAACAAAUGCCGUUAUUAGAAAGGUAAAAAAAUCUUAUCUCAACUAAAUUUACAGAAAAAUAUUUUAGAUGCAUUAAGGAAAGUCUUCGGCUUUAUCCAUCAGUUCAUGUUGUGGGAAGGACUAGCAGUGAAGAAAUUACAACCAAAUGUGGUAUAAUACCAAAAGGAGCUUUAUUGGUAACUUUCAUAUACGACCUUCAUAGAAAUCCUAAAUAUUGGCCCGACCCUGAUAAAUUUGAUCCAUCAAGGCAUUUACCAGAAAACUCAAGUGGCAGACAUCCAUUCGCUUAUAUACCUUUCAGCGCUGGACCCAGAAAUUGUAUAGGUACCUAAUGAUUUGUAACAAAUGCAGUAGGGAUGCCAAGGAGAAUAUUGAAAGCAUGACUGGGCUUUUAUUUUCUGUUUAUCCAGGUUUUUUUUUUAAGUAAAAUAAUAACUCGCAUCAUAACCUAAUGAAUUUAGAUAUUUUUCACUUGGAUUCUUCUUUGUAAAAAUUAUAUGUGCUUAUGUGCCUUUUUUUGCCGCGGUGAUUUUACAUAAAUUAUUAUUGAUAUUUAUUUUUAGGACAACGUUUUGCGAUGUUAGAGAUGAAAGCGUUUUUCUGCGGAGUACUAAGAAAAUUCAAAUUGGAACCAGUCGAUACACCGGAAACAAUAAAGCUAAUUCAGCAUUUAAUUUUGAAAUCCAAGGACGGAGUUAGAGUAAAGUUUGUUUCAAGAAAUGAACAAUAAUUACAUAUUGAGAUAUCACGUAGUUCUAGUUAGAACUGAAAUAUUUUAAUAAUUGGUCUCUAUGUAUAAUUGGUGAAUGAAAUAUUUGAUUAAAUUUCCAAAUUUACUAGAUACAUAUUAGAUAUAGAAAUAACUAGAAAUGUAUGUGAUUAUGUACUCUUUUUAGAAUAAUAAAGAAGGAAUUUUUAGAAAUCUUGCUUAUAUUGAAGAUCCGCUGCUGACUGCAUUCUUCCUGGUUUAUCCCUCAUUACCUAUUCUUCUCUUUUUUUUUUUGCGAAAUUUGUUUUUCUAUUAUCGAUAGUGAAUAUUAUGUCACCUACAUGACAAACGUUUCCUGUCUUCCGAUUUCCAAUCUUUAUUCGUUUCUAUCUGCCCACUAAUCUCCAUCUAGGCCUCUGUUGCGAAUUUCGUUUUCUUCUUCCGUCUGAGCUCUAGGAUUUGUUUUGGUAUCAUUUCCGAUUGGGC